AUGCUAUGCGAUGUAUGGGAACCCGCCGACGUCUGGACCGGCAUCUCCGACCAGAACCGUAGAAAGAAGCUGCAAAACAAACUAAAUCAGCGUGCUUAUCGUCAAAGAAGGAAACAACCCACCGUAGACUGCGAUGGUCAGCACUCGUCGCUGGCAGCUCCGGGCCAAGACAGCAUCCUAGCGACCCUCCUCGACGGAUGUGCUCUUAUCAAAUGCCCCCAAAGACUUUCUCUUGCCCAAAGCCGCGUCAAAGAAGUGUAUGAGGGCUACUCGCUCCACGCGCCGCGGCCGUCGGCACUGCACGUCCUCAUCCGCCUGCGCGUCCUCGCAGCCCUAGCCCACAACGCCGCCGCCAUGGGGUUUCCCCCACAAGGCCUCUGCCGCGAUGACUUCGUUUCUCCAUAUAACCUGAGCGGACCUCUGGAGCUAGAGAACUUUGAUUUGACGACACCCGGCCGCGAGAGCCUUCGUCCGACGAACCUGCAGAGGACAGUCCUCCACCACCCCUGGAUCGACCUCUUCCCCUUCCCAGUCUUCCGCGAUAACGUGCUGCUUGGGAUGGACUCUGGCUUAUUGGACGACGAUCAGCUGUGUGCCGAUAUUCUCGAGGUGAAGGAUGAAGACUUGGCUGGCAGGCCGUCACUCAUCGUCUGGGGCGAGGGGAAAGAAGGAUCAUUUAUGAAGUACGACGUAUAA